GGUUGUGUGCAGUGUUUGUGUGUUUCGUGGUGUUUAUGUGCGGUGUCCUCUUUCCAAACCAGCAUACCCGGAGAUUAAUUAUUCAAGGACUAUCAGCUGGAGCACGGACAUACAAUAUUACAAGUGGAUAUCAGGUGGAACUGCAAAACUCUGCUUCGUCUUCUUUUCUGCUGGUUCCUUAACUGCCUCAAUCUGUUGCGUCUUUUGGUGCUAAUACACACUAAGACUUGAACCAGACAAGAGAACUGCUACAAGUGGAAUACCUUGCUUUUGUGUGGUACUUCUUCUGUUUUUCAUCUUUUUUCUCAAAUGCUCGUCACCAACAAACAGUUAAGUCUCGGUCGCUCCCACAGUUGGGAUACUUUAGGUGGAAAUGAGGGUCAGUGGGACAGGACUGAGAGUGUCUACGAGCAGCAGGCAAGAGUAGCUGGCCGGCGGAGCUCUCUGUCAUACGGUGAGGUGGGAGGAGGGUGGUACGAGCCUGCCGCAGGGGUGCGUCCUCCUGACCUGGAUUUGAAGCGGGACCCAUAUUCCUACCAAGACUACAGACAGGUUUACCCAGGGGGUCUGAGGAAAGGUUCUGUGCCAGACCUGAACCCCUACGAACAAGCAGCCAUGGCUCACAGAGGAUCCAUUCCGCACCAAGAUUACUACCCUCACGAUCCGGCCAUGACUCCUCGUGCACCUGAGGGCUUUUAUCGCCCUGAGCACCAGGCUCCACCACCUCACCCUCAUCCGCUCAGUAGGUCAGGCUCUCAUUUUGGCCUGGCACCCGUGGCUCGUGCUGGGUGGGAUCAAGCUCAGGGCGGGAGAGGAGGACCUCAAGCCCCGCCGUCAAAUUUACCUCCUCCUCCGUCUACUCCGACUCACGAACUGAAUCGGGCUUACAGAGAAUCUGGUGUUACCAAGAUGAUGCCUGACAGUCAGCGCAGACCGUCUAGGGAUACGUCUCCUGCUCACUACAGCAUGGAACAUGCAUCUCCUCGCUAUGCAAAUGAGCCUCCACCUCUAGCCGGUCAGUCUGUCUAUACUGAUGUUAACGGUCGUCCGCUGGACCCGCAACAGCAGGCUGCUACUUGCCUAGUAGUAGAUCCUUCCAAUCAGGGUAUGAUAAUGAGGCAGGAGACAGCCUCCCCCUAUACAAUCCAGCAACAGCAACAAUUGCACCAGCAACAACAAAUACAACAGCAGCAACUGCAGCAGCAACACCUGCAACAGCAACAACUGCAGCAACAGCAACUUCAGCAGCAACAACACCAGCAGCAGCAGCUGCAACAGCACUUGCAACAGUCUUUGCCGCCUCCCAACACCAUGCUCAUCCCCGAGCCUAAACUUCCCGUGGCAGCUUCACUUCCUCCUCCUUCGCCCGCCCCCGUGCAGCCCACCGCAGUCGCCCAAGUUGCACCUGCUCCUUUGCAGGCAGCGCCAACUCCGGCCCCUCCAAUUCCUCAACCUCCCGUUCCUCUUCCCGCCCCUCCGCCCACGGUCCCACAGACACCUUUACCUGUGGAUCCCAAGAGGACAGUCGAUCCUGAGUUUCUUGCCCUGUUGCGAAAUGAGGGUAUCUCUGAGAGCACCAUCUCCUCACUUAUCCAGCAGGGAUUUGACUCCACCAGCAUGCUGGCUGUCAUGGAGGAUAAUGAUGUACGCACAGUGGCGCCCAACCUCGGGCAGGCGCGUGUACUUUCUCGCGUGGUCCACAACUGCAAGCGGCCCGCUGAAGCGCCGCCGGCUCCCUCUCAGCCUCAGACACCCGUGCGAGGGCGUUCUAAUAGUUUCAGCCAUCGCUCGGAUGUCUAUCACCAGCAGCAGCACCACCACCAACCUCUACAUCCGCCUCAGGCGUUGAAUGUCGACCCUCACCUAAUCCCCCCGCAGACACCUGGGGCCAUGCAGACCAUCUCACCAAGGAUGGGGGAGGUAAUAGGCAGAAGGCCCAGUAGCGCACCCUCUCAGCACCUCCUGGAAGCCUCCGGAGGUUACCCAGGCCAACCACCUCGUUCCCCAGGGCCGUAUGUAGGAGCCAUGAUGCCCGUUCAGUCAAGACCAAUGUCUGCAUAUUCAUCAGGGUUGACCAUGCAAGGGUUGCCUAUGCAGGGUAUGCAGAUCAUGUCACAGCAGAUGACUGGAUCAAUGCCUGCUAUAGCUGGUUCCAUUCACCCCAUACCAGGUAUGCCCCAGCAGAUGCCCGUCUCCAUGCCAGCUUUACCUCAACCGCCACAGCAGGUACCGAAAGCAUACUCUACCAAUUACACGGUGCCCAUGGAGCUGAUGAAGAGGGACCGGAGCGUGUUGCCGUUUUCUCCCAUGCAUAGCCCUCACCCAAAUCCUCAACUGAUACGAAAGGGUGGAGGACAAGCAGCAGAUAAUGCCCUGGCUCCCGUGGGAGGCCCCAUUCAAGGACAAGGCGCGAUGGUUGCUAACCAGAAGCUAAGUCGCCGCACCGGUCCACCAGUCAUCGUGUCCACUAUGGCAUCUCCAGACACAAGUAUCCGGCCGCAGAUCAUGAACGGCCCCAUGCACCCGCGUCCCCUGGUGGCGCUGCUGGAUGGGCGCGACUGCACGGUGGAGAUGCCCAUCCUCAAGGACCUGGCCACCGUGGCCUUCUGCGACGCGCAGUCCACACAGGAAAUACACGAAAAGGUGCUGAGCGAGGCGGUGGGAGCCAUGAUGUAUCACACCAUCACGCUGACCCGAGAGGACCUGGAGAAGUUCAAGGCGCUACGCAUCAUCAUCCGCAUCGGCAGCGGCUACGACAACAUCGACAUCAAGGCGGCCGGAGAGCUCGGCAUCGCCGUGUGCAACAUUCCCUCGGCGGCCGUGGAGGAGACGGCGGACUCGACGCUCUGUCACAUUCUCAACCUGUACAGGAGGAACACCUGGCUCUACCAGGCUCUCCGGGAGGGCACGCGGGUCCAGAGCGUGGAGCAGAUCCGAGAGGUGGCGUCGGGGGCGGCCAGGAUCCGAGGAGAGACGCUCGGCCUGAUCGGAUUCGGUCGCGCGGGUCAGGCGGUGUCGAUGCGGGCCAAGGCGUUCGGCUUCAACGUGAUCUUCUACGACCCGUACCUGCAGGACGGGUUGGAGCGCUCGCUGGGCGUGCAGCGCGUCUACACGCUGCAGGACCUCCUCUACCAGAGCGACUGCGUCUCUCUGCACUGCAACCUGAACGAGCACAACCACCACCUCAUCAACGACUUCACCAUCAAGCAGAUGCGUCAAGGUGCGUUCCUGGUGAACGCGGCGCGGGGGGGCCUGGUGGACGAGAAGGCCUUGGCGCAGGCCCUCAAAGAAGGCAGGAUACGUGGAGCCGCCUUGGACGUCCACGAGUCGGAACCAUUUAGCUUUGCUCAAGGUCCCCUGAAGGACGCCCCCAACUUGAUCUGCACGCCGCACACCGCCUGGUACAGCGAGCAGGCGUCGCUGGAGAUGCGCGAGGCCGCCGCCACGGAAAUCCGCCGAGCCAUCACGGGCCGAAUCCCCGACAGCCUGCGAAACUGCGUCAACAAAGAGUUCUUCAUCACCUCGGCGCCCUGGGGAGUGAUGGAGCAGCCGCAACCUCACCCGGAGAUCAACGGCGCCGCCUACAGGUGGGAAGACGAGAGCGCGCGUUGGCGCGACAAAGUGCGCCUUGGCGGCAAGGGGCCACGUUUUACAACCGAGGGCCAAACACAUUGGAACCUCCAAAGUGGCCCGCCCCAAGAAGUACAACCAAAAAUCUGGACUUCAAACCACCAUCGCGUGAGAUCUCAGCAAACCCCGCGAGACUUUUGCUCACCGCAAUAUUUCUUGCUUUAAUUUUGCCAUUUUCCCUCCUGUAAUGGGUUAGUUAAAAUGUAUUUAUUUGCUAUUUAUUUAUUUAUCUCAUUAUUCAUCGUAAAUGAUUUUUUAAAAUUCUACGCCAGCAUGUGUAGUUUAAUUCAAAUAAAUGUAACAAUAUUUUACAUCAUUUAGUGUAAAUGAACAAAAUAAUUGAUUCAUUAUUCUUAAAUGUAUUUAAAUGAACUAAAUAUUAAAUGAUUUUUUUUAUUUAAGUUUGCAAUUAACUUCAACUAAAUAUUAAGUUAAUUAAGUUUAAAUGUCAUUUAAUUGAAACAAAUUAAAUAAAAAAAUAAUUUCAUGUAAUUGAGUAACUAUAUUUAAAUUAAGUCAAUAAAUAAUUUAAUUUAAUUGUGUAAUUGAUUUUAAAUGAACCGAAUAAAUAAAUAAAUGUAUUUGUGUAAUUUGAUUUAAAGGAAUUGACAAAAUGAUACAUUAUUUAAUGUAAUUGCACAAUAUAAUGUAUCCAUCCAGAUGAACUAAAUAAAUAAAUAAAUACAUACAUUUUGUAAUUUCAUGUAAAUGUCACAUUUGGGGUUUGGUCGAAGGCGAGGAAGGCAAAAACAUGGAGGACCCAAGUGCAGGGAAGCAGGGAGGCAAAGCAAUAGUGCAGGAGUAUAUAAGAAAAUAUAUAUAUAUUUAAUACCGAAAACAAGGAUCAUGGAAAAGUCUAAAUGCUAAAUAAACAAAGUGCCAAAUCGAAACGCAAAGUAACAAAGAAACACUUGAGCAAACCCAAAACAAGAAGCAAGACAUGACUGGUGAAAUAACUGAACGACACGACUGGCAACUAUGACGUGACACAGACCGUGACAAAGGCACCAGACAACGACGAUGAACCGACAAGAACUGAAAGAAACCAGGGAACUAAAUACAAACAGAUUUGAACACCUGGACAAGACACGAGUGGCUGGAGAGAGCUGAUUGGUCGACACAAGGUCGAAGGUUGACGAGAGCAGGUGGACACCAAACAACCAAAUGAGCACACGACAAACAUGGAACAAAACUAAACACAACCCAAACCCAAACACAGACCAUGACAGUAAAUGAACAAAUAAAAAAAUACAUUUAUUAACAUUUUUUAAUAAAUGCAAAUGAAAUGAUUACACAACAGUGUUUUUUAGGUGCCUUUAAAGGGUGAAUAGUUUUACUUUCGUAUUCUUUUUUUUUUUAAUUGUUCUUUUAUGUAGCAACACUUUGACCCUGAAACAAAUUCAUCUUUACUUCAUCAUUUCGAGAAAUUAGACUUGACAUGAUGACCAAAAAUGUGCUUUGAAAUGAGAAGAGCCGGUGUCGGACUUUGGAGGUUCCAGCGUGACUAACGUAACGUAUGGCUUGAACAGGACUGAACUGCUUCUCUCGCACACAGCCGAGUGAACCAAACCAUGGUACACGCCAUAGCAACGGGGGGAAUGCAGGACAAAUUAUAUUCCUAAUUGUCAAAGCAGGUAAAUCAAUCAUGGUGAUGGGAAAAAAAAAAAAAAAAAAAAAAAUCCCAAACUUCCCAAUAAGCUAACUUAGUGUGUGUUACAUUCACCCGUACUGUGUAUUGUCCCUCCCCAGCUUCCAUACUGACACUCUAUUCACUGUAUGACUCCCCUUAAAUUCACCUUUGGUUUUCCCCAAAUUUUUAACUAUGUGGACAAACGUAUUGCGACAAAUGCCCAUUACACCUACAGGGAGUGACAAUGCUUCAACAUCAAACAUCAAAUGUAUAUCUAGAUGAAAGCUGCUUUUGAAUGGCUGACCACUGUUGCAAUUGCCACACAACUUUCAUAACAAGAAUUGUGCGUAUAGAAGUUUUGAAUAGCCGUCCACUGUCAUCUUUGACAUUGAGACGUACACUUGUACACUUUUGAACAGCUGUCCGCUGCAGUGACUGAUUUCUAAACAUGAAGAAAAGCAGCUUUUAAACAGUUGUCCACUGUAGUGACUGAUUUCUAAAUAUUAAGAAAGGCAGCUUUUGUACAACUGUGCACUGCAGUGACUGAUGCACAACUUCAACAGCAAGAAUUGUACAUUGAGAAGAAAGCAGCAUGUGUGCAGCUCUUUUGUGUAGUGACUGAUAUACAACUUUAAGAGCGUGCUUUUGGGCAGCUUUCCACUGUAGUGACUGACGCUCAACUUUGACACUAAGGGCCACGCAUAGAGAAGAAGCCUUCUUUUUCUACGAGUGCUUAGAGGGUUUCUGUCU